GCCCUCCCGCCUGGAGGAAGCCGCGUGAAUAUGUGAGCCUUUUCAUCCUGAAGGAAUUACCACCGCCACAGGAUAGUCCUGUUGUUGUACAUGUUGCUUGGCUCACAGCGAUGUUCUUGGGGUUCCUCUGUGGAGUCAGGCCCGACCGGGUGGCUGCCAAAGUUUUUUUGUCGGUUGAUACCUAGGAAGUUGUGAAGGGAAGAGACUGCAUAGAGUUAAUUUAAGCCACCUAUGUAGUGCCUGACUGUUCGCUAUCGUUCACGGGCGCUUCACAAAAGGAGGUUACUGAUUGACCUGAUGCCUGAGAACAGCACUGAGCAGCCAGCAUAGGCUACACAGCACCAUUUUUCCUCUGGAUUUAUACAGCUUCUGGCAGAGCAGACUCCCAGUGCUUAGAUGGACACAGCAAUGCCCUACAACACUCAGAAGAGGGUGGUGUCUCCUAUGGUUAUACAGGUCACAUCCUAAAUGUACCUUUCACUAGCUUCCUACAGAACCACAAAUCAGCAGCUCUUUAAGGACGCAGUAGAGGAAACUGAUUCCAGACAGCUAAGAAAUGUACAAAUAUAUGGGAAAGAGAUUUCCUCUGCCACGGAACCUUCAACAUCUAAAUAUAUAAUGGGAAAUGGAUUGUGAAAGCAUCAAGUGGCAUCCUCAUUGCUGUUUGAACUCACACAGUGAUUCAUUUAAGUCUUCUGCUCAACUGCUGGCAGAAUGCUUGACUGGUGAGGAAAUUUUUUCAUUGCAUGGGAUACCGAACAACAGUCUCGUAUCAUAUUCAAACUUCUCCACGAUAUGUCCUGCUGUUUUGCAACAGCUCGUUUUUCACCCGUGUGAUGAUCAGGAAAAAUUUGUGGAUGCAUCUAAACCACAUUCUUUACAAGUUUGGGGAUUUGGGUUCCUGGCUGUGACUAUCAUUAACUUGGCAUCUCUUCUGGGAUUGAUUUUAACUCCCCUAUUAAAGAAGUCAUAUUUUCCCAAGGUUUUAACCUACUUUGUGGGCUUGGCCAUUGGUACUCUUUUUUCUAAUGCAAUUUUCCAGCUCAUUCCAGAGGCAUUUGGGUUUGACCCAAAAGUAGAUAACUAUAUUGAGAAAGCAGUUGCGGUGUUUGGUGGAUUCUAUAUUCUGUUCUUUGUGGAAAGGAUUCUUAAAGUCAUAUUGAAGAUCUAUAACCAGACUGGCCAUAAUGACUCUGAAAACAGCGGACAGAAUCGUUCUCAGGAGAAGACUAAUCCACCCAAACCACUGUCAUCCAGCAAUGGGGGGACUUGUUAUGCAAAUUCAGCCGUCAUAGAGAGCAAUGGAAAUCUUGGUUUCGACAGCAUCAGUGUGGUCUCAGCACAGGAAGAAGCCACCCAAGCCAAUUUGUGCAGGUGCCUUAAUGGGCGUCCACUAUCAAAGAUUGGUACCAUUGCUUGGAUGGUAACACUGAGUGAUGCCGUACAUAAUUUCAUAGAUGGCUUGGCUAUUGGUGCUUCUUUCACUUUGUCUCUGUUUCAAGGGCUUAGUACGUCCAUAGCCAUCUUGUGUGAAGAGUUUCCUCAUGAACUGGGGGAUUUUGUCAUCUUGCUUAACGCAGGAAUGAGUACUCGGCAGGCUCUGUUUUUCAAUUUUCUGUCUGCAUGUUCGUGUUACAUUGGGAUGGCGUUUGGUAUAUUAGUAGGCAACAACUUUGCUCCUAACAUCAUCUUUGCUGUAGCUGGUGGAAUGUUCCUGUACAUCUCUUUGGCAGAUAUGUUCCCAGAGAUGAAUGAUAUGCUGCGAGAGAAAGUGACAGGAAGAAAGGUGGAUCUGACAUUCUUCCUUAUUCAGAAUGCUGGUUUACUAACAGGGUUUACUGCUAUACUGAUGAUCACCUUGUAUGCAGGAAAUAUUGAGCUGUGAUAAUGCAAGUGAAAAUGGAAUCAGUACUGAAGACAUCAAGUAAAUUACAAAUGGAAGACACUUGAAAUCCAUAAAGGGACAUUCUUUUAAUCUACUUCGUUUCAAAAUGGUGACAAGUCCUGUCCUGUCCCCCUUGUUCCAAAUAUGGAAAUUCUUCUUUAGGACUUGCAGUCAAUCCAAAUAGUAGAAGUUGUCAACUUCUGUACUUAUGCCAAAGAACUGAUUCUAAUGUUUGUAUUUCUACUUAAAAUUAUCAGAUGUACCUGAACUGUCACAGAGAAAGAAUGUUACUUGGCCAGUAGAAUUAUGCAAUACUUGCAACUCAAGACCAAAUGAAAGCUGAGGUCUUUCAGGGAAGAUGCUUAUUUAAAAGAAAAUAAUGGAGUCUCAUAUCCUUUUUUAACUGUGAUGAAGGCAAACAGUUUCAAACUAGUUGAUUUUCAUUACUCUUUUUUUAUAGAAUUUGUCUGUGUAGCAUCCUCUUUCCCCACCAAAAA